ACAGAGACAUGUACAGGCGGGGAUGUAGGCUUACAGACCCUACUCUAUUAUUGACACCGAGGUGGUAUCAAAACACGGAAGUAAACAGAGCUCACCAGGGAGGAAGAAGAACUGCUUGAAAAGACAAAGGAAGCAAAUCAGUUACUCGAGAAAACCAGAACGGAGCUGCAAAAGGAAGAAGCUCUAUUGGAAAAACAAAAGAAGGCAAACGAGUUACUCUUAAAAACCAUGGAGGAGCUGAUGGAGGAAGAAGCACUUCUACAAAGUCAAAAGAAAGCAAAUGAAUCACUCUCGAAGCCGUGGAUUUGUAAUAUUGACUGGAAUUCUACCUUUGAGGAAGAACUAAAGGAUAAAGUGGUAUCUUAUAAACCGUUAACCGGAACGGAUAUCAAGCAGGCGAGAAUCCUACUGGUUGGACAGGUCGGGGCUGGAAAGUCUAGCUUCUUUAACACCAUCAACUCAAUCUUCAGGGGCCGUCUAAGUAUUCAGGCCAAUGCAGGCAGUGCUGAACAUAGUUUAACCACCUCUUACCGGAUGUAUCAAGUCAGAGCGGGAUAUGCUGGAAAACCUCUCAACUUCCGGUUAUGCGACACACGUGGUAUAGAAGAAGACCAAAGCCUUGAUGACCAGGAAUUCAAUUAUCUACUUGACGGUCAUGUGCCCGAUAAAUACAAGUUCAACCCGGCCCUUCCUCUUUCGCCUGACGCCAUAGGAUUCAUUAAGAACCCCACGCUGUCAGAUAAAAUCCAUUGUGUGGCUUUUAUCCUGGACGCUAGUUCUGUAGACGUCCUCCCACAGAAAGUGAUGGAACGGUUCAAGUCAUUGCAGACACGGAUGAACCAAAGAGGUAUACCGCAGGCUGUUCUGUUGACUAACAUAGACAAAAUAUGUGAGGAAAUAUCAGAUGACGUCAGUAAAGUGUUCUUCAGUGGAGCGGUGAAAGAGUGUGUGGAGAAGGUUGCCAUGAUGAUGGGACUACCACAGUCCCAAGUACUUCCUGUUAAAAACUACCAUCGCGAGGUCGAGCUAGAUCAAAACAUCAACAUCCUAUCACUUAUGAGCCUCAAGCGAAUCCUCAACUUUGUCGACGACUUCCUCUACAACAAGCUGGAUGAGAUUGAGGCUGAAAAUGGAGCUCAAGUCAGAAUCGCUGAAUCUAAAUAAAAUUAGAGAAAUAUGUGUUGGACAUUUGCGGCCAAGCUACACUGUACGUGGGCUAAAACCAAAAGAUCUUAGCCUCUUUUACUAAACCGUAUUUAUCAGUUUCGUCAGUCUUUAACAAAGGCAUAAUACCAUGAGGCUCUCGACUAGAAAAAAUCCAUUGUUUUCAUAUCCCACCACAUUCCCUUUGUAGGGAAUUUAUUAUCAUUUUGAUUUACAUUUAUUUGCUAUAGAACGUAUGGGGUAUCUAUCGCUGAAGAAAAAAAGUCUGUAUUUGAGUAUAAUCGGAAUUCUAUUAUUCUUAAAUAUUUAAUCCACUUGUAUAUUUUUCGAUGAUCCAACAUGUCAUAAUGAAGGUAAGCAUCUUCAUUAUGUUGCCCUGGUGAACAUAAAAACUCCUAGAAAUAAAGGAUGAAAUGUAAAGGAUGGAUACAGCUAGGCGCUUGUAUCUGUUAAUUAACACCAGAGUUAAAAUCAUCCUCGAUAUGUACUAUAUACAGAAAGGUAUUCAGCUUCCGUUCGAGAUCUUCGGAAGAUCGUUCGAACAUCCUAGUAAAAAA